AAAAAUAUGGAACGUAAUCACUUCGUAACACAAGGAAAAGCCGAAAGAGCGUAAUUACGAAUACAUGGCGAUAAAAUAUUCGCAACUCAACCAGCAGCAAUUCGCUAUAGGGAAGCAGUUGAUCCUUGUGCUGGGUGUGAAGAAUGGGGACAAGGUUGUCGAUAUUGGAUGUGGAACAGGUGAAAUAACAGCAUAUAUUGCAAGCAUCGUGGGCAAAGACGGUCUGGUUGUUGGCGUUGAUCCCGACGGAUGUCGAAUCGAUGUUGCACGGCAGAAACACAGUCCUGAUUAUAAGAACAUUACCUUUGUACAUGGCGAUAGCUCGUGUGAUUUUCCUCAUCGCAACGAGCCAUUUUAUGAUGUCUCUUAUUGCAGCUCGGUCUUUCAUUGGUUGGACGAACAGGAGAAGAUCAUAUUCCUGCAGACUGCGUUCAACUGUCUCAAGCCUGGAGGUAGAAUAGCCAUUAGUAGCUUAGAGGAAAUUCCCGAGCUUUUCCUGCGUGUGCCAGAGUUGCUGCCCGACGUUGAAGUUGAGAGCAAUCGUCCACCGUUUAAAAUUGUGAAGAAGAACGAAACAGAGGCGAUAGUACAACAAGCAGGCUUUGAGGUACAACACAGCGAUUAUGCACAAUGCGAGCACACAUUUCCAAGUGUGGAAUAUUAUUUAACUUGGUUUGGUGCGUCUGGGUACGUGGACGAAAAGAAAUUUCUACCACACAAGAAGCAGGAAUUUUCUCAGAAGUUUGCAAAUGAUGACGGGAAAGUUCAUUUGAAACUAAAAAUGUUUCAAAUCAUUGCAAAAAAACUAGAAACAAUUUAAUAACACUUAAUAGUAUACCAAUAUUGGGAAGAAUGUAUGUUAGAUCUGUACAGUAAGUAAAAUAGUUGUUAUUGCCAACACUAUAUUGGAACUGAUACGAUAGACCUAACAAGAUAAUAGUGAAAUGCUCCCUUGUUAGCGAGGUAUAUCGUGAAUCGAAUUGAAUUGAAUUGAAUGUAAACGGAUAGAUUGGAUUGAAGGUGAAAUAAACGAAAAUACGAAAGAUAAAGUCCCAACCUCGUACCCAGGGUCUUUCCUCCUUGAGUUAGGGCCAGUUUAUAAGGCUGCUUUCCACUGUCGCGUUUUUCAUACGACACGUAGCUAGUUGGGGGGUGUAUUUCAUAUAUUUUAAUUGGGGGUGUAUAUUCAUUUUUAUAUACCGUAUGAA